AUGGCGGACCCGUUUGAGGUGCGGGUGCGGUUCAGUGCCCAGCUGCAGAACCUGAACGCGUCGGUGACGUCGGCGCGCAAGGCGGCAGCCUAUGCGCUCAAGUACCGGGACCUGGACGAGGACCUGCACUCGUGCAUUCUCGAGCAGCUCGAAAAGACGGCGCUGAAUACGCGGGCCAACAUCAUGUACUUUAUCGAGCACUUUCUGGAGCUGGCCCAGCGGGAAGGCCACAACGAGUACGUGGCGAUGAUCCAGCGCGACAUCAUCCGGGUCGUGGACGCGGUAGCGCCCGAGAGCGGCCAGGGCGCGGCCAACGUCAAGGUGGUCCGGCGGGUGCUGCAGGGGCUGCAGCAGCGCGGCUUCCUGGACGGCCAGGUCGUGACGGAGAUCGAAGAGGUGCUGCGGGAGCGUGAGGCCGACCUGCUGCGAUCGCCGGGCGGCGUUGGCGUCGGGGGACCAAACGACAUGGCCGGCCAUCCGGGCAACGGUGGCGGUGGUCGGGACGAGGACGCCAUGGACGUGGACCCGCAGGACCGGAUGGCGCCGUCGCAGACGAUGCCGUCGGGCGGUGGCGUCGGUGGAGGGCAUGCCGGCGACGGCAGCAACGGAAACGGCCACGUCAAGGGCAACAGCAGCAACAACAUGAUCAUGGCAGGAGGCAGCAUCGUCGGCUUUGGCAGCGCCGUCGCGGCUGAGGGCCCUCGGGGCCUGGACAAGAAACAGAUCGAGGAGCGGAUCGAGGAGGAUCGCGAACGGCAUAAGCGACUGCGCGAGAACAUCUGGGCCGUGCCCGGUGGCACGGACACGGAAAUGUGGAAGAUCUGGGAGGAGACCAGCGAGCUGGGUGAGGACGAUCACGUGAUGGGAGAAGAAGAGCAGGCCGAGCGUAGCCGCAAUCUGCUGACCAGCUGUCGGCAUGGCGAGCCGGUCGUGGCCGACGGACGGCGCUGA